AUGCCUCCCAAGCGUAAACCUUCCGCCUCAAACCCCACUAUCCGUCCCCCCUGCACUCAUCCUCACCUUCUCACCAUCUCGCACCCCUCAGCACAAUUUCCCCGUGUCUCUGCAUCGCGUCGUGCAGCCGCCACGACAGCUACCGGGAUACAUAAAAAUGGCAUCACAGAUACGUAUCUUCAUGAUUUUGCAUCGGAUAUAGAGUUUGCAUCUACAUUCCCAGCCCCUUUGGUGUUGAAAGGCGAUGCGUUAGAGCUUGAUGCGAAGGAGGUUGGCCAAACUUUUCGGGGAUGGGAGAGAGGGAAACAUAGGAAUGCGGUGCCGAGAGUGGAAGAAGGGGGGAGGAGGAUAAUUUAUGUUGUGGGGCCGCCGGGGAUGGAUGGUGAGGAGAUAGAAAAAUUUAUGAAGGGGUGGGAGAAGUGCGAGGCUGGGCGCAGUGGGAAUAGGGCAGGAGGUAAGGGUGUUGAGAAUGAGAAACUUGAGAUACAUAGUUGGAUGCUAGAUGUUAUUUCUUAUCUGCAAGCAUUCUACCACGGUCUCCCGGUUAAACAAAUGGAUUCGUCACUCCUGAGUUUUACACCAUGGGAGGAAACCUCUCCACCCUCAACAUCUAAAUCCAAACCCAAACCCAAGCGCAAAUCUAGAACUACCUCCAAAAAGAUCCCACCCAACUACAUAGGCCUCCGCACCUCGACCUUCAAAACCGGCAUCCGCUACCGCUCUACCCCAUCUUCCCCCUUCACCCAUCAGCUAAAUCUCUCCGACCUCCUUGAUUUCGCUAUCGACGUUCUACCCCCUGACGCAUACGCAUUACUCAUGCUCGUAGACCACGACUUAUACGAAGACGACGACGAUGAAUUUGUAUGCGGGAGAGCAUACGGCGGAAGCAGAGUAGCUGUCGUGAGUACUGCGCGCUACCGGCCCGAUCUAGAUGCUGUGCAGGAGAUCGAACGGAUCCAUGCUUGGCCUGGAAGUCACUGUAUCGAAUAUAUGAACGAGGUAUACGGAAUUAAGAAGGGGAAACGAAAGAGAGAAAAAAAUGACGAAGAUGAAGAUGAGAAUAAAGAAUACGCAACCGCCAAAAGUCCCUUAGUGCGCGCAGUGACCCAACAAAAUAUUCUCCCUCCACUAUCUCUAUCUCCUUCUGUUUCUGAAGAUGCGCUCAAAGGUCUAUUCCUCAGCCGUAUAUGUCGUACUGCGUCUCAUGAGCUGGGCCAUUGUUUUGGAAUCGCACAUUGUCCUUAUUAUGCUUGUUGUAUGCAAGGGAGCGCAUCGAUUCAGGAAGAUGCGAGACAACCUCCGUAUUUGUGUCCGGUGGAUUUGAAGAAAGUGGUUACGGCAACGGGGGCAGAUGUUGGAGAGAGGUAUGAGGCGCUGUUGGGGUUUUGUGAGAGGCAUGGGAGUGCGCAUUUGUUUGUGGCGUUUGGGGAGUGGAUUCGAGGAAGGUUGGAGCAGAUUGAGAGGGUAGAGAGGAGUGGGAUGUUGGAAUCAUUGGAAUGA